AGAGAUAUCGCUUCCCAGGAGCAGAGCGAGAGCCAGAGGAGAAGGAAAAGUUUCAAACUUUCGCAUCUCUGUUUCGAUUGCUUCCUCAAAGCUUUAAACUUUAUCGUCUGGCCGUUUGGUUUCUUCUGUCGUAAUUCAGGAAGAUGACUGUUUUGAAGGCGAAGAGGCAGGAUAUGAAGGCAUGCUUCACUUGUCCUAUCUGUAACAAUCUCUAUGACCGUGCCACCACCAUCUCCGAGUGCCUCCACACAUUUUGCAGGAGAUGCAUAGAGGACAAGUUGGUAGUGGAGAAUCUGAAAGCUUGUCCUGUCUGCAAUGUUGAUCUCGGUGUUGCUCCUCUUGAUAAACUCCGGGGGGAUAACACAUGGGAUGAAUUGAGGAUAAAGGUCUUCAAACAAAAGCCAAAAAGGGUAAAGGCGGCAGCAGCAGCAGCAGAAGCGGCUGAAACUGCAGCUUCAGCAUCUUUGACAUACUCCAGAAAGAAGAAGACGUCUUUACCUUCUUCACUGGCCGCCGUCGCUUCACCUAGAGUAUCAACCUCACCUGAGUCUGCAACUCCCGAUGCUCCGUUGGAAAGUGAGAAGCUUGAGGAGGAAAUGGAAGCUGUUUCUCUGAACCAGAGCUUGUCUGCACAAGUUUCGAAUUUCAGGAGGCGUGUAAGGAAGAACCUGGCGCCUAAAAGGAAUGAGAACCCAUUGGAACCGCAACAGGAUCAUGUGGAAAGCUUAAAUGGUCUCGAAAUUGUUCUCAACAUUGAACAAGACAAUAGUUUGGCUGGAGCAUCGACCUCUAAUGGAUGCAUACAAAAGGUUGCAGUUUCAUCUGUUGAUCCUGGCAAGUCCUUGAGUAAUGAUGAUAAGGAAGUUGUGCCGCAGAAGAGUAACGGUUCCACAGUGAUUGUUGAGACUGUGAUAACUUCAAAUGGCAAAUCAAAUCAAAACCAUGGCUCUAGUUCUGGUGGUGAAACAGGGGAAGUCCCUAGUGAAGCAAAUGGAAAACAUGUUCUUGCAAAGGAAGUCUCUGGUGAGAAACCGAAGAACAAUGGUGUAGAGAAGCAAAGGAAGAUCUCUGGUAAGAAGGGAAAAGGAAAAGCUUCUUCUCCUCGGGUUCUGAGACCUAGAAAGCAGGAGGGGAAUAUGAUUUCAGAAGCUGACAGGGAAGCUUUUUGUUCACUACUAGCUGCAGCGAAUCGGUACACAGAGAGGCCACUACUGCCACAAAUCUCCAAUCCCUACAUACGGACAGAUGGAAACUUACCUGUCUCAUAUGGAAAUAAGAAGAGUUCAGAUGGUGCAUCAGAAGCUGCCAUUACUAAAGAAGCAGAAAACAAAGCUGAAGGAAGUAACAAGAAAGUUUGGCUUUCACUAAUAGCUGCAGCGAAUCAGAACACAAAUAGGACAAUACUGCCACAAAUCUCCAAUCCCUACAUACGAACAGAUGGAAACUUACCUGUCUCAUAUGUCAAGAAGUAUCUAGCGUGUAAGCUUGGUCUCCAAAGAGAAGACGAAGUGGAGAUAUGGCUAAGGCAAGAGCCUGUGUCUUCGACGCAGAAGCUGCAUAACUUGGUGGAUUGGUGGGUACAGUCUACUCCAGUUGCUGAGCGAAAAAGCGCCAUGGUUGGGAGCUCCGGUGCUGAAUUCGUCAUGGUUCUACACUACAGUGGCUCUCGCCUCUUUGAAUAGCUCUUCUAACAACCAUCAUCAAAUCCUUUUCUUCUUCUUCUUAAAAACUCUUUCUUGUGAAAGAAGAAAACAUGACUGCCUAGGGUUUUUGCAACUUUCUUUGUUUAUUCAUUUGUUGAGAAUAAAUAUGAGAAUUUUUCUUUGAGCAAAUAAGACCUAUUG